AUGGAUAAAACACAAUUGACGAUCGGAACUCGAAACUCGAAAUUAGCAUUAGUCCAAGCCGAGAGGGUCUCCGAUGCAUUAAACGCCGCCCACCCCCACAUUAAGUUUCCAUGGCAGACCGUCUCCGUGAGCGGGGAUGUGGAUAAAACAAGUCCAUUUCUCAAAUUUGGAGGGCCCUCUGAUGCGGCCAAAAAUAUCUGGACUGAGGAGAUGGAGGCCAAACUGAGCUCUGGCGAAUUGGAUCUGCUAGUCCACUGCCUCAAGGAUAUGCCGACUCGUUUACCAAGCGGGUGUGUCUUGGGUGCGAUUAUUCACCGUGAAGACCCUACCGAUGCGCUGGUUAUCAAGAAAAGCUUGCAAGACCAGUAUACGGAUCUAUCUCAACUACCUCCUGGAUCAAUUGUUGGCACUAGUUCGACCCGCCGCAAGGCUUUGCUCAAAUGGAAGUAUCCCCAUUUGAAGGUUCAAGAAUGCCGUGGUAACAUUGAUACCCGGCUACGCAAGCUGGACGAGGGCGAAUAUUCAGCAAUUAUCCUUGCAACCGCUGGAAUGAACCGAAUCAACUUAAAUAGCCGUAUCGCAAAGCACUUACCCCCAUCCGAAUUUCCCUAUGCCAUUGGACAAGGUGCACUGGGAAUUGAAAUUCGUGAAGGCGAUACUCAGACUUUGAGUAUUGUUCAGCAAAUCGAAGAGCCACUUACGCGAUGGAUCUGCCUAGCAGAACGAUCGUUACUGCGCACCCUUCAGGGCGGAUGCUCAUCCCCCGUGGCUGUUAACUGUACCAUCGAGGGCAGUGAUGACAAGUCUUCUACAACACAUCGUUUACGACUUGACGGCACGAUAAUCCAUCCCCAUGGCUCUAGUCAAAUUUCGACAUUUGCGGUCGCAGACGUGGCAAGUGACAGAGAAGCCGAGGCUCUUGGAGAAACACUUGCAAAAAGGUUGGAAGAGAACGGUGGAAGAGCUCUCCUGGAUGAGAUCCGACUUGUUCAAGAAAAGGAAAUGAAUGCCACACAAAAUUAA